CAUAAAGAAACCCAAUAAAUUCAACAAAGCGAAUUCUCUCUCUCUCUCUCUCUCUCUCUCUCUCUACUGAUUGAGGAAGACAAGAAAAAGGGGCUAAACACUGUUCAUCGUCCUCUCUCUCUCUCUCUCUGAGAAGAAUCCGCCAUGAAAAUAAAGAACAAAGGUAAAGUUUACCCAUCUCCUCCUCCACCUCAGCUGUCGAGCUCUGUCAAUGGAGAAGAUGGGUUUCUCUCCGUCCUGAAGCUUCUUCCCGCUGCGAUUCUUGUUCUUGCUUCUGCUCUCUCAGCCGAAGACCGCGAAGUCCUCGCUUACUUGAUCACUAGGUCCCUCAAGACCACCACCACCGCCGCCGCCGCCGCCGCCUCCGGCAAAUCAAGAAGCCCCUGUUCUGCGGCGGCUUCUUCGCCGUCGUCGUCUUCUUCCUCCUCCAUGACCCAUGACUCGAAGAAGAAGAAUAAGAAGAAAUCUGGUAAAAAGGGUGAAGCCCAUAAACCACCGGAGUUCGAUUGCGAGUGCUUUGACUGUUACACCAGCUACUGGUUCCGAUGGGACUCGUCGUCGAAUCGCGAGCUCAUCCACCAUGUCAUCGAAGCUUUCGAAGAUCAUCUGAUUAGCGGUGAAGCUUCUUCUUCUCAGAAACCGAAGAGGAACAAUGGAAGGGGAAAGAAGAAGGAGAAGUCGGGUCGUCGUGGAGGAGACAAACCCAAGCCGGCGGAGCCCUCAAUCGGACCCGACGAAUCCACCGCCGUAUCGCCGGAGAUCUCCGCCGUUCCUGAUGAAAUCGCCGCCGUGUCUCCCGCUAGCUCGCCGGGAAGAUUCGCCGGAAAGCGAGAUGAUGAGGUGGCGGAGGAGGUGUUAGCCGGAGAGACACCGGAGAGUUCGCCGGUGGUGGCUGUACGGACGCCGGCGCAGGCUGAGCGGAAGGGGUUGGCGAGGAAGGUGUUGCCGGACGUGUUGGGUUUAUUCAAUUCCCGUAUAUGGAGUCUUUGGAAUCCGAACGCUUAAGGCAUAUAUCAUCGGGAAAAAAACUGAAGCUCCUUUUGGUUCCAAAAAAAACUUGCAAGAAAAAAAAAGGUGAAUGCUUUUGCUUUUUUUUUUUUGCUUCUUCUUUAUGAAAAAAAUAUCAAGAAUCAACGGCAUGGUUAUGUUUGUGUAUAUUCUUGGUUGAAAUGCAAAUGCAGGCGUAAUCCCA